CAGGCUGUGCCGGACUAAUCCUCAUGUGAUGCACUCUCUUGGUGAGGAAAUCAAAGGCUUCACAAAGAACAAGCUGAAGAAACAAUGCACCCGGGUAACAACUUUAUCAGGGAAGAGGAUUAUAGAGACUUGGAAAGAUUCAGUGGUGCAAGUUGUAGAUGACCCAGAGCAACGAGAUGGCUCAGGCUGUGGGUAUGUGCAAGACCUUAGUACGGACCUGCAGGUUGGAGCCGUCAAGCCUUGGUUGCUGCUUGGAUCACAGGAUGUAGCACAAGAUCUGGAUGUACUGAAAAAAUAUAAGGUCACUCACAUCUUGAACGUAGCUUACGGAGUGGACAAUGCUUUUCCAAAUGAAUUCACUUACAAAAAAAUGUCUAUCUUGGACCUUCCAGAGACGGACAUUGCUUCCUUUUUCCCAGAAUGCUUUAAUUUUCUAGAAAAUGUAAAACUACAGAAUGGAGUGGUGCUUGUCCACUGUAACGCAGGAGUUUCCCGUGCGCCAGCAAUUGCUAUUGGUUUCUUAAUGUAUGAUGAGAAGAUUAAUUUUGCCAGAGCCUUUUCCAUAGUGAAAAAUGCAAGGCCUGCAGCAUGCCCGAAUCCUGGCUUCAUGGAGCAACUUCAUAAAUACCAAGAAAUUAAUAAAAGACCAGAAGAUAUACAUGAAAAGACAGAUUAAUAUUUUCUCUGUCAUUUUCAGAAAUUGUAACCAUUGUGUUAUCUAGAUUUUGGACUGCAGUGCUUUUAUAUUUAUUUCAUUUUUUUUUUUUUUUUUUGAAAUUGCAAAUAAACAAAAAUAGAGUUUUUUACACUUGUUUUGAAGAGUUUUAAUGUUAGUUUAGUUGUAUAGAACACUUGUCGACUAAACCAGUUUUUAUGAAUGCUCUCAGCAGUUCUGGCUGACUGAGCAUUUUGGGUUUCCUGUCAGGUAGGUUUUUAAUGAACUGACACAUUUAUCAAACAAAAUACCUUUUGGUUUCAUCAAAAUGUGUUUGAGCAUCAGCAUGUAGAAAUUUCAGCCAUUCGAAUCCUUACUCCCCAAUGCAAACAACAUGCUGCAGAAAAAUGAUUCAAACUCUAAGAGAUUUUUAAAUCUUAAAUGCUCAAUAUAUUUUAUCCAUCAUUACCACUUAAUAAAAAUAUUGGGUUAUGAUAAAUUGGCACCUGUGGGUAAAUUCUAAAAACUGGUAAAUUAAACUAUUACUAUUAAUUAUUUAAUGGUGAAUGACCCGUUUAACUCCCAAGCUAUGUGGCCUGGGUGUUCAUUUUCACUCUGCCAACCCUAUUUUUUAUAUAAGCUUUAGUCUGUAAAUGCUGUAUUUCUAACCUGUAAACUUACAGAACAUUAAUAUAUGUGUACCUGAACUUGAAUCCAAGCUUACUACUAAGCUCGUAAAUAAGGCCAGCCUUUGAUAGCCCUCUUGUUUCUAGAUGGAGACAAAGCCUCUUGGAAAGUAGCGAGAACAGGGACACCUAGUGAUAGGAAUGGGUAAAUCAAUUUAUUUACAUUAAUAACUGUUAUUAAACAACCCAACUACUCUGUCUCCUGGCAACACUGUUCAUUAUAUUAAUGGGAGAGGGAAAUUAAAUUCAGAUUUUUACUAAAAAGGAAAUUCUUGUGGGUGUAAGCUUUCGAGGCUGACACAAAUGCUUUUCACAUUAGGUGCUUGUUUUAUAUUACUGUACAUAUAUUUUCAUUUGAUGUUUACUGGUGCAACCGACCCAGCUGCAAAUGUAUUUAUUUAUAAAAAUAAUUCUAUAUUGUCUAAAUAACAACCUUAAACAAAUUGCUUUAAAUGUUCCAAGUAAAAGGUUCCAGCGGAGAACAAAGUUGAUAAAUAUUAUUAAUUAAAUAAACAUAAAAUGUCUCUUUGGUGA